UGACGUCAGUAUGUCACCUGUGCAAAACAAUUUGGAGCAGUUUUGCGCUGUGAUACAAGUAGUGGUUUUUAUGAAGUGAGAGUUUAAUUUUAUUCCGGUUUUUUGGAUAUUAUAGUGACAUUAAUCCUAUAGUCGAAUAGAUAAACUUUAAGGUUUUAUGCACAACUGCAUAAGUAAUCGGUUAUUCUUAGUUUUAUGUGACCAUGCAAGAAAAGGAUAGGCAGUAUCAGCGACUGGCGGGCGGCCGCCAUCUUCCAGAUGAGGUUUUUCUCGAUUAGUAGGAUACCUCUUUUUAAAUAAUCCAAAAUAAUAUGACAACGUAAUUGUAGUUUAAAUCGUGUUUUAGUGCGUGUACGGAACUUUACAAUUUGGAAUAAUCUGGAUAUCUGGGGAAAGGUUGCCGAUGGGGCGUGGUGAGGAUCUGACGGGAUGACAGAGAGCCGCUGGAUUUCCGGAGGUGGCGCUGGUGUGAAGAUGGAACAUCACUUCCAAGCUGCCCUGGACCCCCGAAAACAAGAGCUGCUGGAAGCGCGGUUCCUCGGCGCACGGAUGUCCGCUGGCUCACAGAUACAAAUGGCACCACAGUCAGGCCUCAACGCAGGCCAGUCAGUUCAUAGCCAGGACUCUAAUAUGAGCACAGGUUCUAGUGAUAAGGAGCAAGACUGCAGCACACCGGAGAAACUGGCGCGGCCCACCUCCGAGAGGAAGCGGAAGCGGAAAGGCGGUGAGGAGGGUGGCGGACUGCCGAGUGCAGGGAAGGGUGGACCUCGGCUGAUAACCGACUCCAAGAAGAUCAACGACUACUUUGUGAAACACCCGGGCAGCAGUCCCAUCAGGCACGGUGGUGCCAAGAGUCCCUCGCCGGCACAGCAGGGCUACCCCAUGUUCCCCCCGUCGCCUCAGGCCACCCUGCUACCCAGCACUCAGGUGCCGGUCGUGUCAGCGGUCCAGGCCUCCGACUACUCGGCCCUCAUGCAGCCCCCGCAGCCCCGUCUGCCCCCCACCACACCCCACCCUGGCCCUGGCCUUGUGUGCAAACAAGUACAGACUGAGCUCACUUGCCAAAGUAUACAAGAAUUCGAAACGCAAGCAUCAUCCGAUUUAGAACUGAGGAAUAAUAAAAUAGAUGAGCUCAAUAGGACCGCAGAAGAACUAAGACACCAGCUGGCAGCACAACAGAAGCUGCUGGAACAGCACAAAGCGCACACGAACAAGUGCAUCGAUGUCGUUAAGAAACUGCUCAAGGAAAAGUCGAAUAUAGAGAAGAAGGAGGCGAGGCAGAGGUGCAUGCAGAACAGGCUAAGGUUGGGACAGUUUGUUACGCAGCGGGUGGGAGCCACCUUCCAGGAGAACUGGACGGACGGAUACGCAUUCCAGGAGCUCUCAAGGCGGCAAGAAGAAAUAACAGCGGAGCGGGAAGAGAUUGACCGACAGAAGAAGCUUCUGAUGAAGAAGCGGCCGAGCAACUCGGAAACAGGGCGGAAAAGGGCGGGCAGUCAGAGUGGAGGAGGGGGAGUGGUGGGGGCUGCAGGUGGGGGAGCGGGGGCUGCAGGACCCACUGUGCUGCACAAUGGCACUGACACCGCCACCUUCCUGAAGCCGGAUGCAUUACCGGGAUUCUCCCAACAAGAGUACUACGAGGCUGAUGAAAUCCUUAAGCUGAGACAGUCGGCUCUUAAGAAGGAGGAUGCGGACCUGCAGUUAGAAAUGGAGAAGCUGGAAAGGGAGAGGAAUCUACACAUCCGGGAACUGAAGAGGAUUCACAACGAGGAUCAGUCCAGGUUCAACAACCAUCCUGUGCUCAACGACAGGUAUCUGCUGCUCAUGUUGUUGGGCAAAGGCGGCUUCAGUGAAGUUCAUAAGGCAUUUGACCUGAAGGAGCAGAGGUAUGUCGCCUGCAAGGUACAUCAGCUAAACAAAGACUGGAAAGAGGAUAAAAAGGCUAAUUAUAUUAAACAUGCGUUGAGGGAAUACAACAUCCACAAGGCGUUGGAUCACCCGAGAGUCGUGAAGCUCUACGAUGUGUUCGAGAUCGAUGCCAACUCCUUCUGCACGGUGCUGGAGUAUUGCGACGGCCACGACCUGGACUUCUACCUCAAGCAGCACAAGACGAUUGCGGAGCGCGAGGCGCGGAGCAUAGUCAUGCAGGUGGUCUCAGCACUCAAGUACCUCAACGAGAUCAAGCCACCAGUCAUCCACUACGAUCUUAAACCUGGCAACAUCUUGCUGACGGAAGGCAAUGUCUGUGGAGAGAUCAAGAUCACGGAUUUUGGGCUAAGCAAGGUGAUGGAUGAGGAGAACUACAACCCUGACCACGGCAUGGACUUGACGUCCCAGGGAGCCGGCACAUACUGGUACCUACCACCCGAGUGCUUCGUCGUCGGUAAGAAUCCUCCAAAAAUCUCUUCCAAAGUUGAUGUUUGGAGUGUAGGGGUGAUAUUCUACCAGUGUCUUUACGGCAAAAAGCCGUUUGGACACAACCAAUCACAAGCCACCAUCCUGGAAGAGAACACGAUUCUGAAGGCGACGGAAGUGCAGUUUGCCAACAAACCCACAGUCAGCAGUGAAGCCAAGAGUUUCAUCAGGAGCUGUCUGGCGUACCGGAAGGAGGAUCGGAUCGACGUGAUGGCACUGGCCCGGCACGACUAUCUGCAGCCUCCGGUACCCAAGCACGGCCGCCAGUCUAGCACUCAGCAGCAGGUGGCGGCGCAGCAACAGCAGGCGGCACAGCAGCAGGCGUCCUUCAGCAGCGGGAUGUUCAGUGGCAUGAACGCCUCGUCCUCGUCGUAACAGCGACGCUCCGCGCGACCGCGACACAACACGUCGUAACCGUCGGUUGUAAUCUAGUCACCGCCACGCCGUCGCCCGCUGCCCCGCCGCCUAUUGUUCCUACGUUUUUCCAGAGACAGUGCGACCGAACGGAGUGAAGUGCGCGUAAGCAGACGCACGUGUGACCCGCGCGGAGUGAGUGUGAGUGACUUUUAUAAACGAUGCUGUGAUAACUGGUCGACCCCGGUCGCUACUUAAUUUCACAUACCUUGCAGGAGGACUUUUGUUUGUAGCAGUAAUAAAGUGAAUACAGAACUUGUAAAUUUUGUUAUCCAACAAAUUUGGGCUGAACUGAGAUGUGGAUUUAUUUUUUAUUGUAGACUUUGCAAGUUAAAAUUUUAUUCAUCACCAUUAAUUAAUUAUCUGUAUGUCAGUCGUGAGGAGAACCUCUUCCUAGUACUCGGUACAUAGUUGAUAUCAUUGAUCUUGACUAUUUAUUGUUAUUUUAAUAUUGCCACCUUUUUUCAGGCAUGAUUUGUUUUUUUUAAUAAUUUUUGUGUAUAGUCAUGCUUUUAACUAUAUGGAAAUAAACGUUUAGUUGGUUAUUUAUUUUGUUUUCUUUGCUAAUCCUUUUGGUUUGAAUUGCUAUGACUGUCCAAUUUGUUAAUAUUUGACUGCACACAAUCUUUUUAAUCUUAUUAAUAUUAAUAAACAGUUCUUAAUCAUUAUGAAAAGAUAUAAUGAUUGUUGUUUUAAUGAUUUUCAUUCACACAUUGCUUUUAAUUGUAAUUUCAGUUUACAUAAUGGUCAUAAUAGAAGUUUGUUUUAUUCAAGCAUAUUAAUUUGCGUAUGUAGUGUGCUUAAAUAAUGUUUUUGUAAAUGAUUUAAAAUUGAUAGUAUGAUAAACUAAACAUGUAGUUGGAUCAACUUAGUUAGUCUAAAAUUAGUUUUGUGUAUAUUAACAUCAAAUUCUAUAUCUGUUACGACAGAGUCAUGUGAGAAACAAAUAUGCAUAUUUUAAGUAACUGGAUUAAUUUGUGAAUCAAUUGAAAAGAGAAAGAUUACUAUAAAUAUGCCAACAAUAUAUCUUGAAAAGAAUUCACAACAAAAUUUAAAGAAGAAAGACUAGUCAUAAAGAUACAUCAUUGUAUAUUUGUUGUUCUUUAUAAAGUAUUGUCAUGUUAUUGUGUAUUCAAAUCUUUUGUAACACUGAUUUGGCUCAAUUAUGUAGAUCAUAAUUUGCCAUAACACGUAAUUUUGUUUGACAAAAGUGUUAAACUCUUGAGACGAAUGUUACAAUUAACAUCAUUUACGUUCCUAAAAGGUUGUGUUUUUUUGUCAAUCCGUAAGAAUUCCACAAUAAAAAGUAUCUUUCACAAGAUAUGAAAUCUAAGUGAACAAAUUUACCAGCCUAAUGUGUUUAACUUGACUGCUCUAAUUAAAUAACCAAGAAGUGAGAAACGGAGAAUGUAAUGGAUUUAUUUUAUAACAGUAAUCUUGCGCCAAUACAGAUCUUGAUGAUAUGUAAAUAAAGAUGAUUGACUAUUGAUUAAUAAGGAAUACUUUAUUGCCGAAACCACAUGCGGAUGUAUCACGAAAGAAAACAUUUUUUUCAUCUCAGAUAUUUAUGUCUACUACAGAAUAAAUAAGUACAUAUUUGUUUAAAUAUGGAUUUACUUACCUGUUUAUAUUGUAAAAUGAUUUAGUUUUAGUGAAAAUCAAGUAAAUAUCACAAUACCAAAACAUCUCAGUUUGUCAUUGUUUACAAUUAUUGUUUUGUCAACAGAAGUGUACUGAUUUUUUACUAAAUUGUGCAUAUAUAUGUGUGUAAAUAAAAAAAUACAAUAAAUAAAUGUAAAACAAACAAAUAGAUUUUAAAUAAUCGUUAAGUUUGAGUAAAAUAUUGGAACCCAUAUUAAUCACUAAAUUACGAUUAUUCGAGUGGGAUUUUAAUGUAAGGCAUUUAAAUUAAUAAAGUAUUGUUGUUGACAACUGAACUAAUUUUCUGAUUGUAGAAUUAAUUUUUAAUUUUUAUUGCUCUAGCACUGAACACAACUAUUUUUGUUUCAUUCUCAUUUUCUGUUAGUUGAUAUUUCAAAUACGAUACCAUAUUGUUGUGUUAGUUCUUGAGGGAUAAGAUUGAAAGAACGGUUAAGAAUCUUCUUAUGAUGAAUAAAAUUUUAAUAUGUUGAGACAGCAUGAGGUUGUACAGUGCCGUAUAUAUAUACGUAAUAUGUAUUACGAUACAUAUAUGUGAAGUAUGCAUUUUAUAAGUAUGUGAAAGGUGUGUGAAAUUAAGCAGAAGAGGAAUUUUCGGGCCAAGUUCCUUGAGUGACACUCGUCGAGUGCGUUACUGUUGUAAAUAUUGUUGCCUAGUAUAAGCACGUACGCAGCUGUUAAUCUGUUUUUUAUUGUCUAGGUUGGUACAUCUGUUAAUGUUACGUUUAGGUGUUGAAUGCAAUCUCCUUUAUGGAAAACGAUCAUUAUAUAUCUAGGGUCCAUUUUUUUGUUUUCUCGAUUGUUAUGUAUCUAGAUGUAAUAUAAUAUAAAUAAUCGAUAAGGCAUGAUAAAAAUGUUGGUUUUUAUUUAUUCAACCUAAAAAUAUUUUUAGAUCCGUAACAGACCAGGUUUGCACAUUGAUCUUGAUUGUAUUCAAGUAAAAAUGUUACAAGUACUAUUAAGAUCUUGCAAUAGUGUUUGGGACACUGAUAAUGAUUGGAUGUAUAAACCGUGUAUAAAAAGUAUUGUAUUAUUUAUUUUCACUAUUUGAUAAAUGUUUUAAACAGCCUCUCAGAACAUAGUUUAUGACUUUUGUUUUUAAUUGUCAUCAUAAAUCCAAAAUAAGACGUUUUAUUGUAAACAAUCCUAAAUUUAUUAUUUUGGAAAUAUUGGUUUGUUGUUUCCUAAUUUUGAAAUAAUGAUUUUUUUUAUAGAGAACCUGAUACUAAUAAUACAUUUUUCAUAGUUUGAACCUAUAUUAUUUAUGAUUUAUUUAUAAGUAAAUUUAUAAAUAUAAACAUUUUGAAGUAAACCUAUUAAAACUUUUUUCUUUCCAAAACCCCUUUCUUCUGUUUUUUUUGCUCUGAAAAUUCAUUUUCCCUUACAAUUAAAUGUAAAAGAUUUUGUUUAUAUAUUUUUGAUUACACAGAGUAAAAUUACAAAGUGUAACCCAAUUUUAAUGCCUCUACACAGCUCUUCAGACCUAUUGACAAUGCAUUACAGAAACACUAAUCAUUUAAAAUAAGUUUGUAAAAAAAACACAUUCAUAAUUAUUUAAACGUUUAUAAAUUUAUGUAAGCAAUUUUAAUUUGUUUCAAUUGCAGCAAAUUAAAUUUCUUACUGUCCACAAUGUGAGUUGACAACAAAAAAGGACAUGAAAUCAACAAUUUUUAGCUGCCUGCAUUAUAAAUUCACAACAUCUAAAAAGUAAUGCACAUUAAAAUCUCAUACAUAAAAAAGUAAAAUUAAACGAAUUUCAUAGAUUGUUUGGGAACUUGUUUUAGUACAGGAUAUAAAAUUGACAUCCAGAUGUCGUCAAAACAGUUGAGUAUUUUUCCAUUGUGUGAGCCUGUAAAAAUGUUGUGGAACUGGGAGAUAUCUAGCAGUCCUUUAGUCCUAUUAAUACUAGUACUUUAGAUUUUUUGGAAAUAUUUUGAAAUUCAGCUAAAAUUCUGAGAUAUAUUAUUUUUUAUUUCAAGACCUGAAAAUGCUCACAAAGCCCUAAACUUGAAAAUGGUGAGAAGAAUAUUCACCACCAGUAUUACAAUAGCUAUUAAAGUUACAUUAAUUUCAAUAGCAAAAAUCGUUUUUAUUCAUUUAUUUUUGUAACGUUUUUAAUGUUAUUUAUUUUAGUACCAUUUAGUGAAUCUGUCCUUCGAUCUAUGUUUUCUAAUUUUUAGAGUCUAAAAUGCAUGGAAGAUAUUAAUUGUAAAACAUUUUUAUUAUCCUGCAGAAUAUAAUUAACCUUUACUCUAUCUAUUGGAUAAAAAUAAUUUAGUUUGUCUUGAUUCCAAAAUAAAUUGUGAAUUUUUUAUUUACAUGAAACAUUCCUUUAAUUCCAACAAAUAUUACCUUUGUAGCUCUAGAUUUUAUAUUCAAUGAUUGGUUGUCAUAUUUAACAAUAACAAGUCUUUGAACUGGAAUCUUUCUUUUUUCCUUGUACAUUUAGAUAAUUAGAAAAUUAAUAUUGGGAUUUAUUGAUUUUUUAAAGUAAGCAUUCCUUCUCUCCAAGUAUCAACGAAAGUUACGAUGUUCAAGACCUAAAGAAUAAAGUCCUUUUAGAAGUAGAGUUAAUAAUAAAGAAGUGAAACACUAUGCAACAAAAAAAGUUUCCUUGAUAGAUGAAGUCUUGUUUGGUAAUGAAAAUAUAAAAUGAAAAUUAAUUUACAUUAAUUUAAAAAAAUGUUCAAAUCUAGUAGGUUUCUAUGAGGGUUUUUGAAGGUUUCUGGGAAUUGAAGUAGAGGUUAGAAGAGUUCUGUUCCAAUCAUUUUGUGUAUUGCAUGUUUCUCAUUCACUUGCCAUUUACAUUAAUACAUUACAGUUUUUAAGGUAGUCUUUGUCAAGUGACAAUCCAUUAAGUUAUUAACAAUUUUGUAUUUUUGCGUUCACAAACAUUAUUUUUGAUAGGAAAUUAUGAAAGUUUUAUACAAGACCUCUAGUGUAGAGCGACUGUCUUGCAUCUGGUAAAUGUUCAGUAAAAAGGAGUUCAUUAAUAGUAGCGCGUAAUCAUCAGAACAGCUAAUAGACAUAAAAUGUAUUAUAAAUUAUGUUCUAGAAUGUAUUGUUCUGAUUUCCUUUUUUUAUUCGUGCAAACUAAGGCUUGCCCAGUUCAGUAUACUUCCAUAAAUUCGUUGUUGCUAAUAAUGACCAUAAAACUAUUCAAAUGACGGUUUUUGGUAUUUGGUAAUAUCGGUUGGUUGUGGGUAAUAUCAAGAAAGAAGCAAUCGGUGACGAUGUAAGCCAACCUUAGAAGUGCGAUUGCAACAAUCGAAGUUACUUCAACUCGGUCAUGGUUGUUUUGUAGUGAAUGUGAUAUACAUAUCGGUGCAAAAUAAUGUUGACCGGAUCGAAGAUAAAAUUUCAAUAAAACAAACUUUUGUAAAAUGAAUUAAUAUUAAAAAUUAAUUUUUAAGGCUUACGCAAUAAGUAUCAUCAAGGUUUUUUGGUUUUAUUCAAUUGAUAAUUUAAUUCAAAUUUAAGAAUAAUCAUUCUGUUUGAUAACUGUUAUCAAUAUGAAUUUAAAAACAUCCGAAUAUGGAGCAAGACACAAACUGUUCUGAAACCAAAUAUAAAUUGCGAAGAAAUUGUGAACCAGAAAUAUUUUGAUACUGUUAUGAUCAAUCGUUUAGAGAAUUUAAACCUAUCCGUUAAAAAAAAAUAUCUGGAUUCAAGAACCAAUAAUGCAAGAGAAAAAUUUGUUUAUCAGGUGUUCCAGGCACAACUAAAACUAUGGUCGAUGCUAUAAUAAAUUAAAGCCUUUGGAUGCCACCUAACAUUCCAGAACACUGUCUUUGAAAGUCGGACAAUCUGAUGUUCUAGAACAUUGGGUGCUGAAUUUAAAUACAUGUGAGUCUCAGUCUAGAAACCAGCAAGGCCUUACUGAAUGUUCCGGUCUAGUGAAAGAAAGUAUCAGAACUAAUUUUUUCUAAAGAACAAAGAGCAACAAAUGGAUCAAUACAAUAGUAGUCAAUAAAUAUCAAUUUACAAGUAGAAUUUUGAAAAACAUUGAGUCUGUUCUUUAACAUUUUAACUUGAACUAUCGUAUUAGAAGUUUAUACAGAUCUGAAAAUAUAAAAUAAAAAACUAGUUUUUUAUAUAUUACUUUUUAAAAUAGUUUUAUAAUAAAAAAAACUUCACGCCUACUUUAUUGUGAUUUUUAUAAAUUUUUCACUUUUUAAAAACUAUCCUACUUUUUAAACAAUAUUAUAGUUAUAAACGAUAACAACCCUUUAUACAAGAAAUAAAAAGCUCACUGUUCUGUGUGGAUCACAAAUUGUUAUACAUAACUAAUUUAUAAACUGUUAUCGCUUAUUAAUUUAUAGUAAUAUAUUAUAGACCUGAUUAAUAUGUCAAGAUUUGUUUUUGCUUUCUAUAUUUAUUUUGGGAUGUUAGAUAUUGAAAAUUGUUCAUUUUGGGCCAUUUUUAUGAUUUUUGCAUGUUUACUUGAAAAAGUAGAUUAUUCGAAUAGCUUGUUUUAUAAUUUAUUAUUGUUGAAUCAUUUGAAUCAAACCAGUAAAUUAACAGAUGUACCAAGUCUGUCACUAGUCUUUCUGUCAUCUAAACAAUUUUUGAAAGCCUGUAACUGAAUUUUGUAAAAUUGCAUCAAUAAUCCUGCGUUGUUAUUGUAGACUUGUAAGUAAGUUACUCUUACGAAUGUUUUUUGGGCCAGUCAUUGUUAAGAAAACGCUAAGUUCUUUGUAAUUAUUAAUUUCUUAAUUAAUUUUGAUUUUGUCCUGGCCAUAAUGCUGCUGUAAUAUAAAAUAUGGUAAUGUCAUAAAUACAAUUUUGGUGACCUAAUUUGUUCUGAAUGAAGUAGGUAUUCUAAUGACUCAAAAAUAAUGUUCUUUGUGUUUUCUUACCAAUAUUUUUAAUAUUGUUGAAACUCUCCUGUAUACUAAUAGUAGUUUUAGAAGGUAAACAAAUUUGUUUCCCGAUUUCAUUAGUAAAAUUGCUUGAAGCAAACAAUAUGUAAAUCAAAUUACACUGUUAAAUUUACUGAUAUAGUUGUGUACAUUUACACUUUUUGUAAUAGGAAAUGUGUUAAUUAAUUUAUAAUUUCAUCAUCAUAUGUUCAUUGGCCUGAUUAUUGUAAAACAUUUAAAAUCUAACAUUUUAAGUGCUGUGCAUUAAAAUUUUGAGAAAUUUGAAUUAGGCCUAGAAAUUUAUUUGAAUAAAAUUGUUUUUUUUCAUAGUACAUUAUGUAACUUGAACAGAUAAGUUAAUUUAACAGACUAUUUUACAAAAAUGUGAAUUGUAAAUAGUUACAAUUUAAUUAUCAGAUAUGUAAGCAGAUGAUUCAGGUUUUUGAAAUCUAAAUUAAUAUUGAUCAUUCAUGAGAAAAAAAUGUCAUACGUUUUAAAUGAAAAAUCAAGUUAUGGUCUUCUUUUAUUAAUUUUCAAUUACUGUUGAAAAUAAAGUAAUGGUAACAAGUUUUAUAAUUGAUCCAGUUUUUCAGAAUUGAGUAACGACUCAAAAACUGUUUCAACCCCAACUCAGAGUAACCAGAUGGUUAUAUUUUACCAUAUUUAUUACACAAUUUAGAUAUAGAAAGUGGAAUUGUCAGAUCUGAGUUACUCUGGGUCCUCCUAGCUUCCAUAAUAUAAAUAUAUAUCUCUGUGCUUCGAUAUUAUUCAUAAAUAUAUAUACUAAUUGUAAAAACACAGACAUUCAAUCCGUGCGUGUAAGGACCGCAAGUGAGGUGGUUAUUUUUUUUUAAAGGGGAUAUUUUGAACCGACCGAUUGCGCUGCGGUAUUUGUGAAGUUGUUAUGUACAUUAUUAUUAUUAUUGUUUCUUGUAAGGACUACUUUUUUAAACAUUGUAUUAUUUAUUUUGUAAGGCGGCGAAAGUGUUGAGUGGACCGAGGCAUCGUCGAGUUAGAACUAGUUGAAAAUAUGGUUUUAAUAAUAAUUACUAUUAUUAUUAUUGAUUAUACAUAAAAUGAUUUCUCUGCUGGGAGAAAUACAAACCGAAA